UUUAUUAGACCACCCAUACACCCGCAAUGGGUUUCAUAUGUUUAAUAUCCUUCUGUUGAAAUAUUGUAUUUAUCUAUGCGGAUAGAAGAAAAAAAAGCUUUGACCCAAAAAAAAAAAGAGCUUCAAUCUUCCAUGGAAUGCGUCAGAGUCAUCGUCUUCUUUGCUUGUGUCCUAACGUUUGUUCCAUUUCACGCCUUAGCUCAGGUAGACAUCUAUGUGUUUGGUCCAAAACACAUCUGUUCAAAUCGAGGCAACUUCACGGUCAACAGCACUUUUGCCGGAAACCUCAACCGCCUCAUCUCCUCUCUCUCCUCACUAACAUCCCAACCUUACGGCUUCUACAACCUCACCUCUGGAUCUGGAGAAAGUGCUUACGCCAUUGGUCUCUGUAGAAGAGAAGUCAAAAGAGAUGCUUGUCUCAGCUGUAUUCAGACAGCUGGCACAAACCUCACCGAGCAGUGCCAGCGGUCAAAACAAGCUGUUAUUUAUUUCACGCACUGCAUGUUUCGUUACUCGAACGGAACAAUCUACGGAAGAAAAGAGACGAGCCCGACACAGGCUUUUGUUUCCGGUACACCUAUAUCAAACAACAGAGAUGAGUUUGAGCGUCUGCAGAGAGUACUGUUGGAUAGGCUCAAAGGAAUGGCGGCGGCGGGUGGGCCGAAUAGGAAAUACGCUCAAGGGAACGGUACAGCUUCGCCCGGGUACGGGAGAUUCUACGGAAGCGCGCAGUGUUCGCCGGAUCUGUCUGAACAGGAUUGUGAUGACUGUCUGACUUUUGGGUUUCAGCGUAUCCCAAGCUGUUGCGAUGCUCAGACUGGGCUUAGGUGGUUUUGUCCUAGCUGUAACUUCCGGUUUGAGACGUCGCGAUUCUAUGAGCUUGAAAUCGACCUAGAGGCUGAUCCGCCUGCUAUUCAGCCUCCUGAUGAUACACCAACAUCAGCUGCAGAAACUGAGAGAACAGGAAAGGGCAAAGGUGGAUCUAAAGUCGUUAUUGCCAUAGUUGUUCCAAUAGUUCUUGUUGCGUUAUUUGCGGUUUUGCUAUGCUUGGUCUUGAAGUGGAAGAAGAACAAGUCUGGAAAUAGAGUCAUAGUUCUUGGGAAUUCGCAUUUGUCGGGAUCAGUUGUCGAGGAUGAGUUCUUGAAUACAGAUUCUCUUGUAAUUGACUUUGAAGAUCUAAAGGCCGCAACAACUAAUUUUUCUUCUGAAAACGAACUUGGACGUGGUGGGUUUGGUUCAGUUUAUAUGGGUGUGUCCUCUCAUGGGCAAGAAAUCGCGGUGAAAAGACUAUCAGGAAAUUCUGGACAAGGGGACAUCGAAUUCAAGAACGAAAUCUUACUACUAGCAAAGCUUCAACAUAGGAACUUGGUCAGGCUUCUAGGUUUCUGCAUACAUGGACAAGAAAGACUCCUUGUUUAUGAGUUCAUCAAGAAUGCUAGUCUUGACCAUUUCAUCUUUGGUAAAUUUUUUCUCCUCUUUUUUUUUUGCUCAAUUAUUUUUUUUUUGCUCUGUGUUGAUCUCUGCGCCGUUGCAGAUCUUGAGAAGCGUCAACUUUUGGAUUGGGGAGUGCGAUACAAAAUGAUCAGAGGAGUUGCUAGAGGACUUCUUUAUCUUCAUGAAGACUCUCGUUUCCGGAUCAUUCAUCGUGAUCUUAAAGCUAGCAACAUUCUUUUGGACCAAGAACUGAUUCCGAAAAUCGCAGAUUUUGGAUUAGCUAAACUCUUUGACACAGGCCAAAACACUACACAUCGAUUCACAAACAGAAUUGCAGGAACUUACGGGUAUAUGGCUCCGGAAUACGCCUUGUAUGGACAGUUCUCAGUCAAAACAGACGUUUUCAGCUUCGGUGUAUUAGUCAUUGAGAUCAUUACAGGUAAGAGAAGCAACAAUGGUGGAUCUAACGAUGAUGAAGAUUCGGAAAAUCUUCUUACGUGGGUAUGGAGAAGUUGGAGAGAAGACAUUAUCAAAAGUGUGAUCGAUCCGAGUUUAAGCACGGGAUCAACAAACGAGAUCUUGAGAUGCAUACACAUUGGUCUGCUAUGUGUUCAAGAGAGUGCAGCGACUAGACCAACAAUGGCUUCGGUUGCUCUAAUGCUCAACAGCGAUUCGUUUACUCUCCCGACACCUUCAUGGCCUGCGUUUGUAUUAGAGAGUGUGAUGCCUCAGAAUGUUUCUUCUUCUUCGACUGAAGAGUUACAAAUGUCGUCGAAUGAUGUCACUAUUUCUGAGUUAUGUCCUCGUUAGAGAGAUGAUGCAAUCUGUAAAUGUUUUUGAUUAUUCUCUUUAAACCUUUUAAUGGGGGAAAAUUAGCUUAUUCGUAGGUUUUCA